AUUUUUCACAAAACCUGUCGUCUCAUUGAUCUUCUUUUAACUCUCAACGAAGAUCACAACAAUUGGGACUUCACUUCUUCUCUAACCAUUGACGAAUCCGAAGUUAGUAGAAACGUUUUUUGAAGUUAAAGAGUUUUGUGGAAGUGGAAUUAGAGUUUCUCAUCCCUUCACCCGCUGGAAAAAUGAGCUAUGAGAAUGGAAAUGCGAAUACAGCUGCUGGUGAUCAUGAGAAUGAUUAUAGAGUUGAUGUAGAUGAAAAUGCCAACGAAACUGGUGGUGAUGGAAUUGAUAACAGAGCUGAAGGUGAGCGGCUUGAUGAAGAAGCUCAAGUGGAGGAAAAUGUUGCAGGCUUUGUUGAUGAAGAAGAGGAGGACAAUGAUGAAUAUACUCCUCAUAAUUCAGAUUGUGAAGAAGAGGGAAGACAGUAUUUAAGAUGCCAAAAAGGUAGUGGAAAUAUUAGAUUGGGGCAGGUAUUUGACAACAUAUCUCAAUUUAAAGAAGCUGUAGUUGAUUAUGCUCUUAAGGAAGGGUGUAAUGUGAAGUUCACAAGAUGGGGACCUGAUAAAUCAGAAGUAAAGUGUUCACUUGGUGGUGAUUGCAAGUUCAGAAUUUAUUGUUCAUAUGAAGCACCAAUAGGAGCAUACAUGGUUAAGAGAUGUGAAGAUGAGCAUUCAUGUAUUAAGGAUGGGUUUAGCAAGGUAGUGAAGGAUGGGAUUAUUGCUAAAUUAUUGUUGAAUGACAUUAGAAAAGAUCCUACCUACAAGCCAAAGACAAUGCAAGACACACUUGAGGAGCGUUACAACUUGAUUGUGACACCUGAUCAGUGUAGAAAAGCCAAGAGAAAAGCCUUAUCGAUGAUUCAGGAUGAACAUGAUGAGCAAUUUUCAAGGAUAAAAGACUACCGACUAGAGUUGCUAAG